GCUCAAGUCAAGCGUUCGUUGUUUCGUUGGUCCGCAUCGCGCCCUCUUGCGGUCAUUGGCGAUGCGCUCUCCCGAGCGGGCAGGGCGGCGGAGAGCAUCCGUCUCCGCGGUCUUGUCCUUGGCGCUGUGCGCCAGGCGCGCGGCGGGGAAGGGCUGCUUCCUGGGUUCGGCCGAGGUGACGCUGGCGGACGGCUCCAGGAGGCAGCUGCGGGACGUGCGCGAGGGGGACCUGGUCGCGUCCUGGGACGAGGAGCUGCGGAGGCCCGCGGCCUCGGCCGUGCGGGCCGUGCCCGAGUUCGACAGGGACAGGGCGGAGCUCGUGGAGAUCUCGCUGCCGGGCGAGCGCGCCUUCCACGCCACCGUGGACCACCCCUUCUGGAGCAGGGGCCGCGGCGUGCUGGUGUCGCUCCACCCCAAUGCGACGCGGGAGGAGUACGGGCUGGAGGCCGAGCUCAUGGGCCCCGCGGAGGAGCUCGAGGGCGAGCGGCAGGAGGCCGUGCGGGUCGCCGGGGCGCGGCGCCUCCGGGCGGCCGCGGGCGGGGCGCCCGCGCUGCUCCGGCAGAGCCCCGCGGAUGCAGUGAAGGUCACGACCUUGUGCUUGCACCCUCACCACUGGUUCUACGUCCACGGAGUCCGCGUCCACAACAAGGCGGGAUGCUUCAUGGGCGGUACCGCGGUGACGAUGGCCGACGGGACACGGCGGCAGCUCCAGGACGUCGCCGUGGGGGACCGGGUCGCCUCCUGGGACGAGGAGGCGCAGCAGCCGGCCGCGUCCACGGUGCGCGCGGUGCCGACCUACCGGCGCAGCAGGGACGAGCUGGUGGAGAUAUCCUUGCCGUCGUCGACCCUGCGCGCGACAGCCGACCACCCCUUCUGGAGCAGAGCGCGCCGCACGCUCGUCUCGAAGCACCCGAACGGCACCAGGGACCAGUACGAGCUAGACGCCGAGCUGAUGAGCGACACGGAGGAGUUCGAGGACGAGCGCCAGGAG